GGAGCUGAGAGCAGGGUUACCGCCGCGCCCAUCUCUGCUGUUUGAUGGCCGCAGGAAGCGUCUGAGAUACUGGUGUGAAGGAAGAAACAGGGGGACGACGGUGGGAAAGACGAGAAGGAUUUCAGACUGGAAAUAGGUUGCUCUGAAUUGAAAGAACACUUACAAGUUCGGGAAAGGUGAACUUUUGCAGAAGAAGAAAACGUCUUAAAUUGUGUGUGAAAAAAUCCCCCCUCUUCAUCUCUGCGCCUCUGUGCCGGUGUGUGUCUCACCCUCGGCGGAUCGAAACUGGGAUCGGGGAGUGCCGCUCCUCGAUAGCUCACUGGCUAAAUCUGUGCUAGUAGGAGAGACGAGAGUCGAUCUUUGCUGUUUCCAGUCAAUGUGAUAUAAACGACGGAUACCCUUGAGUGAAAGCGGAUCAGCUAGAGACCAGGCGGCGGAGCGAAGCACAACCUUAGCAGAGGAAAAUGAGCGAAAUCGAUCAGCUACGCACGGAGGCCGAGCAACUCAAGAACCAGAUCAGAGAUGCCAGAAAAGCAUGUGCAGACGCGACCCUCUCUCAGAUCACAGCUAACAUCGAACCCGUUGGCCGAAUUCAGAUGCGCACUCGGCGGACGCUCAGGGGGCAUCUGGCUAAGAUCUACGCCAUGCACUGGGGCACUGACUCCAGGCUUUUAGUCAGCGCCUCUCAGGAUGGAAAGCUCAUCAUCUGGGACAGCUACACCACGAACAAGGUCCACGCCAUCCCCCUGCGCUCCUCCUGGGUGAUGACCUGCGCCUACGCCCCCUCUGGGAACUAUGUCGCCUGCGGAGGCCUGGACAACAUCUGCUCCAUCUACAACCUGAAGACCCGCGAGGGCAACGUCCGCGUGAGCCGCGAGCUGGCCGGACACACAGGCUACCUGUCCUGCUGUCGUUUCCUGGAUGACAACGGGAUCGUCACCAGUUCUGGAGACACCACCUGCGCCCUGUGGGACAUUGAGACCGGCCAGCAGACGACCACCUUCGCCGGGCACACCGGCGACGUGAUGAGCCUGUCCCUGGCGCCCGACACCCGGCUGUUUGUGUCCGGGGCGUGCGACGCGUCCGCCAAGCUGUGGGACGUCAGAGAAGGAAUGUGCAGACAGACCUUCACUGGCCACGAGUCGGACAUCAACGCCAUCUGUUUCUUCCCCAACGGCAACGCCUUCGCCACAGGCUCUGACGACGCCACCUGCCGGCUGUUCGACCUGCGCGCCGACCAGGAGCUGAUGGUGUACUCCCACGACAACAUCAUCUGCGGCAUCACCUCCGUGGCGUUCUCCAAGAGCGGCCGCCUGCUGCUCGCCGGCUACGACGACUUCAACUGCAACGUGUGGGACACCCUCAAGGCCGACCGCGCAGGCGUGUUGGCUGGCCAUGACAACCGCGUCAGCUGCUUGGGAGUGACCGACGACGGGAUGGCCGUGGCAACGGGCUCCUGGGACAGCUUCCUCAAGAUCUGGAACUAGAGCGGAGAGAUGGCCUCCGGACUACAACGGCUGAGCGGAAGACCAUUCCAACAUUACAACGUUAGAUUUUAUUGCAUAUCCAAUCUUCUCAAAAAAAAAUACCACAAUACUGACUCCAGCCCCUUCCCUCCCCUGCCCCCCCCCCCCCCCCCCCCCCCCCCCCCCUCCUUCCCACACCACCUCGAAAAAGAAAAUUACCAAGGGCAACAUUUAUUUCUCUCCUUCUUCAUUUAAAAGAGCACAAUUAUUCUAUCACUCACUCAGCUUAAAAAAAAAAAGAAGAAAAAAAAGAUAAGAAUUUAAACGUCUAGGAUUUGAAUUGUGUGACGGAGAGGAAGACGAGAUACUGUACUCCUCCCUAGAACAGUCUGGCAUUGUAGUAAAUGAUCUAAAACACACACGCCCCUCUCCCCGUCACCAUCACCCCGUCACCCUCACCUCCCCCACCCCCACCCAUGCAAGUGUGUUCUACUUCCUCAGCACACGGCUUUGGUGUGACGUCAUCACACGCCAGUUAUCUUAACUCGUAACAGCUUUUUGACGGUGUCUGUUUUAUUUUAUUUUUGUUUGAAAGAAAUUUGGUUCGAUUUUUUCUUUCCUUUUUUUCGGUUUCGAAAAUGUAGUCAAGGCGCUAUUUCGGUGAAUGUCGAAAUCGAGGAUAGUGAGGAUAAAAAAAAAAAAGCUUUGUUCUAUCUCCUAGUCUUGAGACAUUUUUAGAGAACUUUGUUUGUAGAUUGACAAAAUAACAACCCAACACACACACACACACACAGACACACAGGAAAACAUGCGAACUGUCGUGACAUUUUUUAAGUCAAGCUUCAUCCCAGUGCAGGAGGCCAGGCUGAGCUUAACGUUAGGGGCAUCUAGGUGUCUGGCUGGUCUGCUUAUUGAAUCCCACAGUACGUUUGACUCCUAAUAUCUAUUUUUUUUUCUUGCCCCACAUCUAGCUCUCUUUCUUUGCACAAAAUCUAAACUUUACAUACAUGGAAGAAGAAAUGUUUCGAGGUAACUAACAAAGCACAUGCUAUUAUGAUAUUGAAUGCUCGUUUUUUUUUCCGAACGAAAAACUACAACAAAAAACAACAACAUUUUAACCAUUCUCACCUUUUUUUGUCUGGCGAAAAUGUAGAAUAACGAAAUGAAGAUUAACCCAUCUGUUUAUAUAUAUAUUUCUUGCAAUUUUUUUUUUUUUUACUCUCCAUAUCCCUAUUGUGUGUUGACUGUGGUUGGGAACGAUGAUACCUUAUCGGUUUUGGUUUAUCCUCUUUUUUUUCGUUGAGUUUUUUUUUUCUUCCACUGUCGGGUAAGGAGAACCUCCACUAUGGCCCGGGGUCCAUUCCGAGGCUUUCUGUUUCAACAGACGCCCAUUCCGUGCUUGGAAAUGCAGUUACUACUCUGUGAAUGACAUGUUGUAUAAAUCAAUGUUUGAAAAUAAUGAUACUGAAACUUUUUAAGUUAAAAAUGGAAAAAAAAAGAUUUUGGUUGUCUGCCAAGGGUGGGUUAACUCUUAGAAUCGCAUGCUGUAGAAUUGCUUAAAAAAAAAAAAAGCUGCAUAUGGAAUUAAGUCCUUUGAUGUUUUUCUUUAAGAAAAUAACCUGUUGGAUAUAUCAUCAUUACAAUGAUAUUUAAACCGGGUUUAUUAAUAUUGUUUGUUCUUUGCUACUCUGUGCAUACAUGAUUCAAUUAAAAUGUCAAAGCUAUGCACUCGAGAAGCAAACGCCGCUACAAAAAUGGUUACUUGGUCCAUAUUUGGGAAGGAUUCAGAAAUUAAGAAGAAAAAAAAACACGAUUUACGUUAAACCUUUUUUUGAGAUGCAUCCACGUGCGUGCGAGCACACCGUAGACAUGAGCAUACACAAACUGAAAUGGAACAAACACAAAUUUUCAUUCCUUCUGUAGCAAAACAAAAAAAAAUCCACUUACGAAGAAAGAAGCAUUUUAUAACAAACAGGUUUUUUUUCUGUCCUUUAAUAAUAAAAAAAAUGAGAAAUGAACUUGCAGCAUCUGAACGGCCGAAUGAUCCGUUCUCUCCCUUCAUGUAAACAGGCGCUCAUUAUUUAGCAGUAGUGGCAUUUUUUUCACUUUUUUUUUUUCUCUGCGACAUUCUGUACAAAAAAAAUGUGCUGUAAUUGUGCGUUUAGGCCUGGAGUUGGCAAAAAAUAAAAUAAAAAAAUAUUAAAAAUUAAUUAAAUUCCCUUUCCUUUCUCUUUCUCCAUGAAAUGACUGUAGAACUCUGCCCCCCUCCCCUGUAUCCCUUUUCACCUUUUGUAUUUAAUUUUAAAGUCAGUCAGUGUACAACGGAAAAGCUGGAUGCAAGAUAGAAACUAUAUUAAAAUGUACUGUUAUUUAAGAUGUAAUAAAAGCAGUUUGAGAUGACCUGCUGUGUUGAGUGUCAUUCGCUUGAAUGGGUACCGCUGAACUUAGAUUGUGUUUUUACGAUUCCUUUCAUGUAAUUACAAUUAAGUCAAAUAAACAAUUUCUUAUC